GGCUGUCCCAGGCUGCGCUGAUCCUUCACUCUCCGGCCGGCUGCAGUCCGCCUGCUGCCUCACUCUAUCACCGGACACCUGCCUCUCCGAGAAUAACACAGAAACAUCCCAGCAAAGCAAGAGGAGAAAAGCGAGACAGCCAGGACACACAACCGGUUUCUAGUGCCACUUUUUCGGCUUCCAGCAAGCCCCCUCCCUCCCCUCUCCUCCUCCCUCAGGAGCGCGCUUGGAGACCCGGGUUUGUUGUCGUUACCGGGAGAGGAGCACUCAGCGACCCGAGCCUCACACCACGCUGCAUCCCCUCAGAGGAGAUACUUGCAUGGAUGCACCAUGGCCACGUUUGUCUGCAGGGUUCAGUUUUUAGAUGACACCGAUCCGUUCAACAGCACCAACUUCCCAGAACCGACGAGACCGCCGCUGUACACCUUCAGGGAGGACAUCCCGCUCAUCAACCAGCUAGCAGGCAUCCACCGGCUCCUCAGGGCUCCACACAAGCUUGAUGACUGCACGCUACAGCUCUCCCACAAUGGCACCUAUCUGGAUCUGGAGUCAUCUCUGGCUGAGCAAAAGGACGAGCUGGAAGGCUUUCAUCAGGACGACACAGGGUCCAGAGGGAAGAAGCACAGUGUUGUUCUACGGACCCAGCUGACUGUCCGUGUACAUGCCUGCAUUGAAAGACUGUAUAACUCCAAUGGACGUGACUUGAGAAGGGCCCUGUUCUCUCUAAAGCAGAUCUUUCAGGAUGACAAAGACCUGGUCCAUGAGUUUGUGAUGGCCGAAGGUCUGACCUGUCUCAUCAAAGUGGGCGCAGAAGCUGAUCAGAACUACCAGAACUACAUAUUGAGAGCUUUGGGGCAGAUCAUGCUGUAUGUGGACGGGAUGAACGGUGUCAUCGCGCACGCUGAGACAAUCCAGUGGCUAUACACUCUUGUUGGCUCAAAGUUCCGUCUGGUGGUGAAAACAACUCUGAAGCUGUUGUUGGUGUUAGUGGAAUACUCCGAGUCCAACGCCCCACUGCUGAUAGAUGCCAUCACCUCUGUGGAGACCAAGAGAGGAUGCAAGUCGUGGUCCAAUACUAUGGAGAUCUUGCAAGAGAAGGAUGGAGUGGACACGGAGCUGCUGGUGUACGCCAUGACCCUCAUCAAUAAGACGCUGGCUGCACUGCCUGAUCAGGACUCAUUUUACGACAUGGUGGAUGGUCUUGAGGAACAGGGCAUAGACACAGUGUCCCAAAGACAUCUGGGCCGGAGAGGAACUGAUCUGGAUUUGGUUGAGCAGCUCAACAUCUAUGAGAUGACCCUACGGCAUGAAGACGGGGACGAUGACAGCCAGCCUCCACCAAUGGGACGCCAGGACCGCCGACGAGUCAGCCUUGGGGGCGGGGACAAAAAGCACGGCCUGGAGAGGAGGCGGAGCCGCAGGGCCUCUCUGGGGCGAUCAGGCCACGCCUCCCCCUGCAGCCCCGCGUCCCCACAGAGAGGCCUGCAGUCAGUCUAUGGACAGAGAGCCGAGGACAUGAGCGAGAGCCCCGCCACACAUCUUCCAUCUACAGCUCACCGAUCCACCGUGCAGUCCAUCACCAUCACUUCCAGGAAGGAGAGUCUAAGAGAAGAGGAGCAGAGGAAUCAAACUGAUCCACCCGCUAUCCACCCCCCCAUUACCCCCACCUUAUCUCCUCCCGUGUCCUCCCCUCUCAGCCCCCCCGCCCCACCCUCCCUCCUGGCCUCCCUGCUGGCCAGGAAGAGGCCCAUCGUCACUGUCCCGGCCACCAAGGAGGUCAGCCCGCCAUCGCGCGGCAGCUCCCGCCCCUCCCCCGAACGCAUGCCCUACCUGCCCCACUCACCCUUCCACCUCUUCUCCUACGACCUCGAUGAGGAGCCGUCGCCCCCGGCUCCACCCAAACCCAGCGAGGAGUCACCCAAAACAGCAACGUCUCCCAGGAAUGGCGGUCUCUCGUCCUAUUCCUCUCUCAGCACUCCAAGUACGCCCACAACCUCCAGGCCUGCUUUGGGAGGUCUUCUCUCCUCCUCGCAUCGACAACACCAGGAAUCUCUGGCGGCCGAGCGAGAGCGCCGUCGGGGGGAGAGAGAGGAGCGGCUGCAGAGGAUAGAGAGAGAGGAGAGGAACAAGCACAGCCGUGACUAUGUGGAUAAAAUGGAAGAGGCCAGGCUUGCGCGGGAUGAGAGGUAUAAGAACGUGGAGCGCCAGGCGGCGGAGGAGUACGAGAGAGAGCACGUCCGGGUGUCCAGGACUCGCCCUGACCUCGGCCUGACCUUCGAACCCGCGGAGGCCUGGCCCUCGUCAUCGCGCAGCAGCACCCCAUCCUCUUUCGCCUCCCAUGAGGACGCAGACGCAGACGCUGACCUCGAAGCGGAGACCCCCGCCACCCCCUACACCGCCUCUGAAACUGGAGAGGCUGAGGACUCCAGUGCCAGUGUAGAAACAGAGGAAAAAGAGGCCACUGCCGAAGAGGAGGAAGAACAGAAAGAGGAGGAGCUACAGGAGGAAGUACAGGAGGAAGUACAGGAGGAAGUACAGGAGGAAGAACAGGAGAAGGAAGCAGCAGAAGAAAAGGAGGAGGAAAGUGAAGAGUGUGAGCCGGAACCGGAGAAGGACAAAGAGGAGGCGGAGGAGGACAGCGGGAUCCUGAGUGACAAAGAGCGACAGAAUGAGGAGGUGAAUGAGAAGGACAACUGCUCGGCCUCCAGCAUCUCCUCCGCCAGCAGCACUCUGGAGAGAGAGGAGAGGGGAGUCAAUGACAAUGGCUUGAAGGAGGCAGAGGUGAACGAGCCGUGCGGCAAACUCCUCAACAGCAAGCUGUUCAUGCUGGACAUGCUGUACUCCCAGAACAAGAAGCCCAGCGAUGAGGAAGAGGAGGAAGAAGAAGACGUUGAGAAGGAGAAAGAGAAAGGAGAAGGGGAGGACAAAGAAACUCAGGAGGAUGCUGACGUGCAACUGGGCGAUAAGCAGGACAGCGAACACAAGGCUGACAAAUCAGAUCACCACUCCAACAUCCGACCGCUGGCCGAGAGAUUUGGAAACUUAAUCAAGGACCUCAGUUCGAUCCCCCCUCACCACGAUGUCCCGGCCAAUGAGCCCCCUCCUCCCCCACCCAAAAAGGAAUCGGACACGAUCUGGGACCAGCUCCUGGCCAGCCCUCGAGAGCUGAGGAUCGGAGACAUCAACUUCACCGACCUGACGGACGAGGAUGACAAAGACAUUCUGGAUGCUGUUUUGAUGGGAGGGUGUGGUGACCUGCCGCCCCCUCCGCCUCCCCCGCCCUGCAUCCUCCGCUACCCUCCGCCCCCCCCCCCAUGCUAGGCUGCUGCCCCCCCACCCCCUCCUUGCUUCGGUGCCACAAAUCCAGCGCCUCCUCCCUCGGAGCCGCCGCUCUUCAACAAGAAGAAAAAGACAAUCAGGCUCUUCUGGAGCGAGGUGCGCCCCACAGACCCUCAGUACAGGGACUACAAGCGGAGCGGAGAUUCGUUCUGGUCCAAACUGGAUCCAGUGAAAAUGGACACCGCCAAACUGGAACACCUGUUUGAGACGAAAUCAAAGGAAAUGCCUGUUACAAAGAAAACAGCAGCAGACGGGAAGCGGACUGAGAUCAUCGUUUUGGAUUCCAAGAGGAGUAACGCCAUCAACAUCGGUCUGACGGUGCUUCCUCCUCCUCGCACCAUCAAGACAGCCAUCCUUAACUUUGAUGAAUAUGCGCUAAACAAGGAGGGCAUUGAGAAAAUCCUGACGAUGAUCCCCACAGAGGAGGAGAAGCAGAAGAUCCAGGAGGCCCAGCUGGCCAAUCCUGACGUCCCGCUGGGCUCGGCUGAGCAGUUCCUCCUCACUCUGUCCUCCAUCAGCGAGCUCUCCGCCAGACUCCAGCUCUGGGCCUUCAAGAUGGACUACGAGACAAUCCAGAAGGAAGUAGCAGAGCCGCUGCAGGAUCUGAAGGAAGGUAUGGAACAGCUGGAGAAGAACAACACUCUCCGAUACAUCCUGGCCACUCUGCUCUCCAUGGGGAACUUCCUCAACGGCACCAAUGCUAAAGGCUUCGAGUUGACAUAUUUGGAGAAGGUUUCCGAGGUGAAGGACACAGUUCAUAAGCAGUCUCUGCUGCAUCACGCCUGCUCCGUGGUGGUGGAGAACUUCCCUCAGAGCACCGACCUGUACUCUGAGAUCGGGGCCAUCACACGAUCUGCAAAAGUGGAUUUCGACCAGCUGCAGGAGAACCUGUGUCAGAUGGAGCGGCGCUGCAAAGCCUCAUGGGACCACCUGAAGGUGAUCGCCAAGCACGAGAUGAAACCUCAGCUGAAGCAGAAGAUGUCUGACUUCCUCAAAGACUGCGCUGAGAGGAUCAUCAUCCUCAAGAUAGUCCACCGCAGGAUCAUCAACAGGUUCCACUCCUUCCUGUUGUUCCUCGGCCACCCGGCCUACAGUGUGAGGGAGAUCAGCGUCCACAGGUUCAGUAAAAUCCUCAGUGAGUUUGCGCUGGAGUACCGGACCACCCGAGACCGCGUGCUGCAGCAGAAACAGAAACGGGCCGACCACCGAGAACGCAACAAGACCCGAGGGAAGAUGAUCAUGGACGUCAACGCUCCUUCUGAUGAUGAAGAGGAGAGUGAGUGUGCACGGUAUGGCUCCAGCAGCAGCACCACCAGCGCCCCCAGUGGCAGUCAGGAGUGUGAGCAGCCUCAGGGUCUGGGCCACACUGAGGAUGCUGCAGAGCACGAGCACAUGAAGACCAUGCUGAGGACCACCCUCAGCGGGGGGGACAAGGAGGCCAGUGCCGUGCCGGGGCUGCGCACACGGACGAGAUCCCGGCCCGGAAGAGGAGGUCGCAUUAUGCCUUCAAGGACUCCGCCUGUGGAGGACACUCCGAUCGGUGGAGACGACGACGCAGAUGCAGACGAGAUCAUGGAGCGGAUAGUGAGGUCGGCCACGCAGGGUCCAGCCCAGCCCAGAGAGAGGAGGAGGUCCAGAGCCAACCGCAAGUCCUUGAGGCGCACUCUGAAGAACGGUCUGACCCCAGAGGAAGCUCUCGCUUUAGGACUUAGCGAUUCUCCAGAUGGAUAAAUGGGAUCUUCCCGCCGCCUGUCGUCAUUUCCGUGGAAACACCGUGACAAUCAUUCAAAUCGACAUCUCUGUCCGCCGCCUGCCUUCGCCUCACUUUACAGAGUUGUAUUCCACCAGUCACAGACCCCUGUUUUUGCCAGCUGCUAAUGUUGCCUGAUGUGUCUGAGUGAUGAAGCUGCAGCCGUGAUAGCGCUUAGUUUUUUAAUGCAACCGAUGUAUUUAACUUGACAAGGAAAAGGACAUUUCAAUUCAGUGCCGCUGCGUCUACACUGAAUGGAAAAAUGUUCGCGUUAGUCCUAAGGGAAACGUUUUGCUUGUGAGUUUUUGCAUCUGUGACGUCACUAUUUUUCAUUUAUUUAAGCUGUGAAUUUCAGUUGUUUCGGAUGACAAAGUUUGAUUUGCUCUCUAAUCCAGUUUCAAAGAAUCCCAGGAGAUCCUCAAACAAAGAGGCGAAUGCUUCUGCAGCUGCACGUUUGUGUUGAGUAAGAAUGAGAACGGUUUUCUAUCCGAUGUGAUGUGCCUUUCAUUUAAAAGGGACGGUACUGUGCUUUUAGCCAUCCCUCCCUCUUGUUACAGUCACCUCCUAUUUCUCAGAUAACUCACAAAUAUCACAUUCACAGGUGCGGUUAUAUCGAGUACAACUGUUCGUUACAUUUCACUUUUUUAUUUUGGCAAAAUAUUUAUUUGCAAAGCUCGGACAUCUUGCACUUUACUCGACAUUAUACGUUUCUAGUGCUGAAAUGAAUGACUCGUACAAAACAGACAAAGGAAGUAUUUAUCUCAGAGGAACUGUUUGUAAAGUGUAAAAAGACAAAAAGAUAAAGACCUUUUUAAAAUUGUAAUCUAUUUUAGAAAAUGUGUAAAUGCCCUUUUCAGCUGCCAGGUACUGAGUACUGUAGAUUACAGUGUGCAUGAUUAGUGCGGUUCAUUUGAUGUAAUAUUUUUGUAAUUUCUGUAGAAACUUGUAUUAUAGUCUGAGAGAAAAGAGGCUAUUCUGUGAAUUAAUAAAUGAAAGAUGUGGUCAAAGCUGAACUAUGUUUUCAAGGAGAUGCUGAGAGGAGAGCAGGGUUCAGCAUUCACUCUGAACUCUGUGCAUUGUACUUUAUAUUAACUUGAAAAGUUUUUGGAUAAUAAUAAAACGUCUCAGCUGAACCAUCUGCUCCUCUCAUGGUACAACGGAAAACACAGGGAAACAUCGCUGCAUAGAUAUAAUGUGGUGAGCUGAACAUGAAACCAUGGUUACACUUUCACUUGAAAUGCUGUGUAUAAACACUCUGCAAUAAAAUACGAAAAACAUUGAGUGAAAAAAAUA